AUGUUACCACUGAGGAAUACCCAUCAUACCACCGCCAUAAUGCCAUCCUACAACCUCCGCCGCGCAAACCUGGUCAUCACCAUCCUAGCCGGCCUCCUCGUAAUCGCCAUCUCCACCAUCACAUGCGCCUUCCACAGCACCUCCCUCACAACCUCAAUCAUCGCAAGAGAUGCCACUUCCCAGUUUGACGAUGCCGACCUCUACGAGAACUCCACAUCACUCCCGCAUCUCAACGCCAAGCCUGUCUGGCCACCCUGGUCCAAGUCCCCGUACGAGAUCUACUAUGGCAAAGGCUGCAAACUCUGGAUGAUGCUUCAAGAGGGUACCGCGCCGGCGGCGAAGUAUAAUGCUGUGGAUGAUCUUGCUGAGUGGGGGUGGAAGAAUUCGAUGGAUUGGAGUGACGCUACCGUCAAGAGGGUGGUCGGAAGCAUCGAGGCUCCUCUCGCAGAUCAGGGCGUUACUCUAGGCGGUGGUAUUAACGUCAACGUCCAGUCUGAUCACUCGGAGCCGUAUGGAGAAGAGAAUGGAGGGAAGCCGACGAAGGGGAAGUAUUACGAAGUCUACAAUCCUGCGCAGGGCGCGAUCAUUGCGUAUCGGAAUUAUGGUCCGGGGUAUGUUGUGGAGAAUAAUGCUGCUUGGGGCGAUGCGGCUCUUCCUGAUUUGAAGAAUUGGAGCGACGUCGUCUUUCUGACGUGGCUAUCCCUUACGGUUGGGAACGAAGCUCAGAGGAAAGGGCUGAAGAUUGUGGUGAGGGUAAACGUCAUGAACGAAGAUACUCGCGACGUGAUCGAGGAGGCAUUGAGGAAGGAGGGUGUGGCGAGUGGGAAUGCGCCUGUGUGGCCUGGGCAUGUUUUUGAGCCUGGCAAGAUUAGCGGCAAAGGCCUCAAGCCCUUCCAGGCCGUUCUGGGAACGCCGAAUGUCGGUGGUAUCGUGUGGAUGCUGGCGCAACAUAUUGAUGAGCUGGACAAGAAGACGAUCACGGGCAUUCGAGUAUGGGAUAAGAGUGGUCUGGAUAAUCAGGAUGCUGGAGUGUUGCCGUGUAUUAUGGUGCAUAUUGGGCCAGCUUGA